AUGUCAGCCUAUAACAUUCGAAAUCCAGUAAGAUGCUUCUGUUCAUUUGUGGCUAAACAUACUAAUGAUAAUAUAUUUGUUUGUGGUCGUUACAAAUCUGGUAGUAUGGUUUGUUUAUUUCAUUUACAUGAUGAAAAUCUUGAACAUUAUUAUCAAACAAAUUCAUUACCAUUGUCUUUCGAUUGUGACAUGUGUUUAGCAACAAUAAAAAUUCAUUCAAAAGAAUAUAUUGCUCCAUGUCGUCUACCAUCAGUUCGAUGUCAUUGUGGUGAUGUGGCAACUUUUUAUCAAUCAAAAAAAGACAAUGUCAAUAACAAUACAUAUUUUUUUGGAUGUCCCAAUUGGAAAACUAUUAGAAAAUGUAAUUUUUUUGUUUGGGCCCACGAACACUUGGCAGUACGAAAUGAACAAGUUUUACAUCGUUUAACUUUUUCAACAACAUCUAAAAAUCAAAUUAAUUCAGAACAAUCAUGUAAAGGCAUUUUAAAUCAAGAUCAUGAUGAAAUAAAUCAAAAAGAAUAUGAAGAAUUACGAAAACAAUUGGAAUGCGUUAUCUGUUUAUCAGGUGAACGAUGCUGUUUAAUAUCUCCAUGUAAUCAUUUGUGUUGUUGUGCAACGUGUGCAAAGAAAAUUCAAAAUCAUUGUCCUAUUUGUCGUGGUGAUAUUGAAUCGAUUCAACGUAUUUUUUUUGUUUAA